AUGCGCAUCGGCUGUCUUCAGAUUGAGCCGCAACCCGGGGCCGUCGACCCCAAGGACAAGGCCAGCAGAUUCCUGGACAGAGAGUCCAUUGCCGCCAUAUCAAAGCUCGACUUUCUAGUCCUGCCAAAACUGGCAUUCUUGAGGUCCGACUUUGACCCGAAGAAAAUGAAGCACUACCUUGAACCUGCUGGUGGUUCGGGCACGCGGAUUUGGGCCCAGAAUGCUGCCAGAAAGUACAAUUGUCACGUUGUGGUCGGCUACCCCCAGAUGGUCGAUGACUAUUCUGCCAAAUACACUCGCGACCCGUUCUUUAGCUCCUCCGUCAUUGUGAGCCGCGAUGUUAGAAACCUUGCAAAUUGUCCUGAAAGGACAUUGAAUCGAGAAUCUCCCAUUUUUUCGGAGAUUGGCUUCACCGAAAGCGCGGUUUCUGUCGCACAGUACACGGAUCUGGGGUAUGUAAGAAAAUUCCUGCCGUCAUGGCUGGAUCGAGGAAAGAAAUCGCUGACAUGCCACGCUGCUAGUGACGAUGAAGGGUCAAACGCCAAGGAAAGAAAAGCAUUCGUGGACCAUAUCCGGAUGUCGGGCAUCAACAUUGCCAUCUUCUCCAUGGCGUAUAAAUCGAGAAGAGAACCGCAUGAGCUCUACAACAAGUGCGAUGAGGACGCUCUUAGUCGCUGGGCUGCGUAUCUGUGGCCGCUGGUUGAGGCACAGCUCGCUAGAAAAAUCGUCGUCGUCCUUUGCAACCGAGUCGGUGACGCGGGUGACACCAUUUAUGCUGGCACAAGUACCGUGCUCAGCAUCAGCGGCGGAGAACUUUUCGUCCACGAGCUCAUGAAAGCCCGGGAGCAAGGCAUUCUUCUUGUCGAGACGUCCGAGGACCCCAAAUACAAACUCGUUCCUGCACAACGUUGCCAAGACGGCAAUUUUAUUGUUGACACUUCCCAAGACCUCGAGUAUAAACUUGUCCUUGCGCAGGAAGGGGUCGAGUACGACCAGGAACCGGAGGACAAUUCUUCGGGUAAUAGCGCGGGGUCGCCACAGGCGGCACCUCCGACACCGGAUACGUCGUACCUGGGAUCUGAUACUGCUCAAAGAUUCUCGCAGAAGAACAGGCACACUUUUGAUAAAGUGUGCAUUCCAUCCAAGCACAAGGCCCUCUUGGCCAUGGGCGUACGUCGCGUUGACAGGAAACCUGCGCAGCACACGAUAGCCACGAGAGAGCCUCGUCCGACACUGGAGAUUCCAAAAUCGCCUUUCAAGUCUCCCCAAGAAAUAUCGGUGGCCGAGUACAGAGCGCGCGCCGCGGCGGUAUCUAAAUUCGACGUCUCGGCCACUUUGGUCCGUCCUCCAGAGGAUAGCACACCUCAUCCAGGCGGCGCUCGCCAGCGAGGGCAAGGCGUUUCGGGGAGCAGAGGAUAUAUGCUACGCACACUCAAUCACCUCGCCACAGACGCGAUGGCAGCGGAGGACCCCCAAACGGCUAUCUCGUCGUCGCCGCAGUGCUGGGUCGGACAGUGGCUAACAGUGGCGGGAAAUGGCAGCAGCACAAGACAAAAUCUGGCCUUUGCUCGGACAGACUUGCUGGCGCGACCCAAAGCACCGCAAACAGGCCUCGGUCGCUCGCGUCCGCCAGCCAAUCCUACCGUCUUGUCGAACUCGGACGGCUCAUCCAGAAGAAAUUCCCCGGCAUUUCAAAGACCAACAUCUCCCAAAUCUCGCAACGCCAAGGCACCAGACUCGUUGAAGCCUUGGACCAGCGCCGCCAACUGCGGCCUCAUCCCGAUCCUGGCGAGUCCAAGCAUCAUGACGACGGCGAGCUCGCAGACCGGCAGUGACUCGGCACGGUCCCGCGGCCGCAGCCGGAACCAAAGACAGUACUCAGAAGAGGAAACCCGGAGCUCCUCGAGAGACUCAACAUGUCAUGGGUUACUCCACCGCAGGGAAAGACACGGUAAUGACGUCGAUGCUGCGCGCUGCGGUGGUGGUGAGAAGUCGCAGUCGACGAGCGGUGCGCGGCCCAGAGAUGUGCCUCGCAGCGCGAGCUUGCCGGCGGUUCGAAACGGCCGGGCUCGGUACGCGGGCGCGGUGCUGGGCGGCAAGGCUCGCAGAUCUGGAUCCCGUUCUUGGCCGGCUCCAAAGCUGGCGUUGCAGUGA